UCACGUAUGGUGUUUUUCUGCAUGUUCAGGGUUUAGUUUCUUCACUCUUUUCGCUAUUUGAUCUUAAUUAAUUAUUAUUACGGGGUAAUAAUAAUAAUAAUUCUUUCUAGCUUGUACGUUCUAGUUGAGAGUUGAGUAUGGGGGUUUCUGAUCGUUUUGUUGGGGGGUUUCUUUUGGUGGUUUUGUGUGUCAAUGUGCUUGCAGCUUCUGCUGAUAAUGGUGGUGAUGAGAAGUUUUUUCAUCGAGGGAUCCCUUUUAAGAAAAGGUUUUUUGGGAAGGGGAUUGUGCCUGGGAAUGGAGGUCUUGGUGGGGGUGGUGGUUUUGGAGGCGGUGCGGGUGGAGGUAUAGGAGGAGAUGGCGGCGGUGGGUUAGGUGGAGGAGGUGGUUUUGGUGGCGGUGCUGGAGGUGGUGGUGGUCUUGGAGGUGGGGGCGGUUUAGGCGGUGGUGCUGGUGGAGGUUUAGGAGGUGGAGCUGGUGGGGGUGGCGGUUUAGGAGGUGGAGCUGGUGGUGGUGGCGGUUUAGGAGGUGGAGGAGGCAUUGGAGGAGGAGCUGGUGCUGGUGGUGGUGCCGGCGGAGGCUUCGGUAAAGGAGGAGGCAUUGGAGGUGGAGUUGGUGGCGGUGCCGGAGGUGGAGGUGGAGUUGGAGGAGGCGCUGGUGGUGGUGCCGGUGGCGGUGGAGGCUUCGGUAAAGGAGGAGGCAUUGGGGGUGGAGUUGGUGGUGGAGCAGGUGGCGGCGCCGGUGGUGGGGGUGGAGUUGGAGGAGGUGCUGGUGGUGGUGCCGGUGCUGGUGGAGGCUUUGGUAAAGGCGGAGGCGUUGGUGGUGGAGCAGGAGGUGGCGCCGGAGGAGGUGCCGGUGGAGGCUUUGGUAAAGGAGGAGGCGUUGGUGGUGGAGCGGGAGGUGGUGCCGGUGGAGGCUUCGGCGGCGGAGCAGGCGGCGGUGGUGGACUAGGCGGCGGAGGCGGAGGUGGAGCUGGCGGUGGAUUCGGUGGCGGUGCAGGCGGGGGCGCUGGUGGUGGCUUCGGAGGUGGUGCAGGUGGAGGUGGCGGUUUUGGCGGUGGUGGUGGCGGAGGCUUUGGAGGAGGUGGAGGCUUCGGUGGCGGUCGAUAA